AUGAACGUUCCAGCAAAUUAUACAGAUGAUAAUGGUGUUGAUAAGGAUUUAUGGUCAGCAACAGAUAUAUACGAUGAUGAAAUUGCAAAAAUCAUCAAAAACGAUUCGAUUAACCAUAUAAAUGCAACAAAAGAAGGAUCAUCAUCUGUAAUAAUAGCAUGGAACUUUUUUAACGAUUUUCCAUGGUUACUGUGGACUAUCAUUGCCGUUGGAAUUCUAAUCGUAUUUGGUAUAGCAAUUACAAUUAUUACAUUUAUGCUUUGUAAUAAAAAGAAAAUAGUUAGACGUGGUAAUGGUUAUAUGAGUUGCAAUUUUGGUUCAUGCGAAAGUGUCACUCAGUCCAUGUGGUCCAAAUGGGUUAUUUGUAGUCCAAAGUUUAUUUUCAAGCGACAAAAAAACUUAAAAUCGAUGCGGCAAAAUUCAGCUAGUAAUAUGGAUCCAUAUAUGAGGCCGCCAUUACCACCUAUUAAUGGAUUCAAUAAAAAUGAUGAUGGCUUUCAAGGAUCGUUUUUACCGUCGUUGCGUUUGGCUCCUAUUAACAAUAAAGUUAUCGCUCCAUUAGCUAAAAGUGAUGAAACUGCUGAAGUGACUGUUUUACAUUCAAAUCCUGCUGGAAAUUUGAUUCUAGGAACGCAAAUCGGUUCAAUUCAUGGAAUUCCAGUGCUAGAAAUAGAUGAUUAUCAGCGUCGGUCUCUUCCUAUUCCUAAACUCGAUGAUCCAAGGUAA